CCUUUUUCAAUCCUCCAAGAUUGCCUUCGAGUUUGAGCUUCUUAUAACUGCUUCUUCUUCUUCUUCUUCUUUGCCUUUCCUCUUUCUCUUGACCAUUUCAAAACUUUUUUCUUUUGGUAAACUCUUAAAAACAACCAAAAACAAUGGAAAUGAAAUGGCUAUUAACCUCGACUUUCACUCAAAUGUUUGGUUACUCAAACCAAAUCAAUCAAACCAGCAACAGCCUAAGCACCCGCAACAAAAUAAAGAUGAUGAAGAAAGAGGAAUACCCAAGCGGGUUUCAAGUUCCUCUUCACUAUCCUAAAUACUCCAAGUCUGAUUAUGAAGCCAUGGAUGAUCUCAGCCUUGACUUACUCCUGAAACAAUAUGGAAUAUCCUUCGAAGGAUCUCUUAAAGACAAGAGGGUCUUUGCCAUGGAGUCAUUUCUCUGGCCUGAUCAGCUCUAGGGUUUGCUUAUGUUUGGUGUUUGAAUAUCCAAAUCUCUCUCCUCACAAACGUCCGAUCCUAUCAAUGAGCCUAAGAUAAUUAAAUGUUUUAGAAUUAUAUUAAAUCACCAUAUACAUAUCAACCACUUAGUAAUCAAGUUUGUGUGUUCUUUUUGUUUCUUUUUUUUAAGGUUUGUGUGUUUUUGUUUAUGUGUGGUAUGGAGAAGUUUUGGAGCUUGUAAUGUACACAUAUGUAAUCACCAUUGGUGCAUCAAUAACAUCUUUCAUGUAUAUUAUA